AUCCAGCCCAUUGACCAAUAAAAUCAAAUAUAUUGCAGCAUUUGAGGAGGAAUUAAAUCACUUGAGAAGCAUUAGAAGAUCUCCAACAUCCAAGACAUUUUGAAGCAAAAAAAAAAAAUGAAAACCAUUGGCGUUGUCCUGUUACUUCUCUUUUUUGGUCUUUCUACAGCUAAAAAUCUCAAAUGUUAUGAGGGCCAUUGUCGCAAUUCUGAGUUUUGUAAAGGUGAAGUAACUGAAUGCCCAGAAGGCAGCGCUUGUAUGACCAUCUCUGAAAAAUCUGCAUUCAAUCAUACUUACUACUCCAUGAAGAAGCGCUGCUCUAUGAAUCUGGAAUGCAAUUCUUCCAUGUAUGCCUAUGUUAAUGGAGACGUUAACUAUGAACUUGCAUAUAAUUGCUGUUAUGAAGAUCUAUGCAACAAUGGGACUAAUAUAAUGACAAAUAUAUCCUAUGAAUUCAAUGGGCCUGAAUGUCCAGCUUGUGCUUCAUAUGACACCCUAGAGCUAUGCAAGCCUGUUACAAAUACGGUCUGCAGAAGCAAGACUGACUUUUGCUCCUAUUUAGUUGGAUGGCUCGAAAAACCAGAUGGAGUUAAAACCAAAUUUUCAGUGCAGGGAUGCAUGUCGAAUCGGAGUUGUAACAAUGACCACAGCCAAGUGGUUGGAUACAGAAUGGUGGCGAUUGAAAAGUAUAAGUGCUGGUUACCAAAACCAAAGUAACUGCCUAAUGCCGCGUACACGCGGUCGUUUUUCGUCAUUAAAAAAAAUGUAAUUUUUUCAUGAAAAA